AUGCACCGGCCCCGGCCAGCCUGUUGCACGCUGCUGCUCGUCCUGGGGCUGUGCUCAGCGCACAGGGCGCGCGGCCGGAACGUGCUGCUGAUCCUCGGUGAGUGUCGCCCGCGCGAACCCGCCGCGAUCCCCUCCCUGCUGCCCCAGGCUCUACAUGGCUGCCUCCUUAGAGGAGAGGCAGGGGCGCCCUCCUACUGGGCAGCAGCUGGAGGGGACUCCCAGCAUCAGCACCCCCGCUCGGCCCCUGCUCUGAUCCAGAGCUCCCAUCCACCCCAGAGCGCUCCAUGUCAGAGUGCCGUCCUUCUGGCCAAGGCCACAGCCCCCACCCCACUCACCUCCCUCAGCCCCAGCCCCCCAGAACCCCAAGUUCCUCAGCACUUGCUGCUCACAGGACUUCCGGGUAACCCUGGCACCCCUGUCCGAUUCUCCCAGAGGCUCAGGGACCAGUGGCCGGCGGGGGGAGGGCCAGCCCGUGUAUCAUGCCCACCAGAGCGUCAUGCCUGCCAGGAGUCAGGCCCACCUGAGUAUCAUGCCCACCUGGGUGUCAUACCCACCCGAGUGUCAGGCCUGCCAGCGGAUGAUGGAGGCUUUGAGAGCGGCGCAUACAACAACAGCGCCAUCGCCACCCCACACCUGGACGCCUUGGCCCACCGCAGCCUGAUCUUCCGCAAUGCCUUCACCUCCGUCAGCAGCUGCUCUCCCAGCCGGGCCAGCCUCCUCACUGGCCUGCCCCAGCACCAGCAGGGCAUGUACGGCCUGCACCAGGACGUCCAUCACUUCAACUCCUUCGACAAGGUGCGAAGCCUGCCGCUGCUGCUCAGCCGGGCCGGCGUUCACACGGGCAUCAUUGGGAAAAAGCACGUGGGGCCCGAGGCAGUGUACCCGUUUGACUUCGCCUACACGGAGGAGAACAGCUCUGUCCUCCAAGUGGGCCGGAACAUCACCAGGAUGAAGCUGCUGGUCCGGAAAUUCCUGAAGUCACAGGACCACAGGCCCUUCUUCCUCUACGUUGCUUUCCAUGACCCCCACCGCUGCGGACACUCACAGCCCCAGUAUGGGGCCUUCUGUGAGAAGUUUGGCAAUGGGGAGAGUGGCAUGGGGCACAUCCCAGACUGGACCCCCCAGACCUACGACCCCCAGGACGUGCAGGUGCCUUACUUCAUCCCAGACACCCCGGCCGCCCGAGCCGACCUGGCUGCGCAGUACACCACCAUCGGCCGCAUGGACCAAGGGAUAGGCCUGGUGCUCCAGGAGCUGCAGGGAGCCGGUGUCCUGAAUGAUACCCUGGUGAUCUUCACAUCUGACAAUGGGGUCCCCUUCCCCAGCGGCAGGACCAACCUAUACUGGCCGGGCACAGCAGAGCCGUUGCUGGUGUCGUCCCCCAAGCACCCGCGCCGCUGGGGCCAGGUCAGCGAGGCCUACGUGAGCCUCCUAGAUCUGACCCCCACCAUCUUGGACUGGUUCUCCAUUCCCUAUCCCAGCUAUACCAUUUUCGGCUCAAAGACCGUGCAGCUCACUGGGCGGUCCCUCCUGCCGGCGCUGGAGUCAGAGCCCCCCUGGACCACCGUCUUUGGCAGCCAGAGCCUCCAUGAGGUCACCAUGUCCUACCCCAUGCGCUCUGUGUACCACCAGAACUUCCACCUGGUGCACAACCUCAACUUCAAGAUGCCCUUCCCCGUCGACCAGGACUUCUAUGUCUCCCCGACGUUCCAGGACCUGCUGAACCGCACCAGGGCGGGCCAGCCCACGGGCUGGUACAAGGACCUCCAUCACUACUACUACCGGGAGCGCUGGGAGCUCUAUGACCGGGGCCAGGACCCCCACGAGACUCAGAACCUGGCUGCUGACCCACGCUAUGCCCAGCUUCUGGAAGUGCUCAAGACCCAGCUGGCCAAGUGGCAGUGGGAGACCCACGACCCCUGGGUGUGUGCUCCUGAUGGGGUCCUUGAGGAGAAGCUCUCUCCCCAGUGCCAGCCACUCCACAAUGAGCUGUCCCUAAGUGGCGACUAUAAUUUUAUGGACAAAGCUCGCCCUUCCUUUUGAAGAGCCGAAGGAUGGAAACGCCACCACCGAGAGUAGAACAUUCCCACCCUCUGGCUUGGUUUAGUUCUACUUGGACAAGCACCAGUGUCUAUGACACAGAAAUUUCUUCUAGAAUGUUCCAUACCUACCCUGCCUCUACCUACCAUGGAAGCUUUACUGGAAACUCGACAAGUGGAGGCUCUCUCCCUAGAGUGGGUGGGAUCCCACCACCCUGCCCUCCCCAUCAACUGCAUGCUGGG